GUCAGCAUCCUCUUCAGUUCUCCCUAUCCUGACACUCAAAUAUCCACCUGAACAUCUAGAUCCCAUCUAGGCCUACAGCAGCAAAAAGGAUGGAGAUCACCGAGAUCCAGAAGAUUGGUGUGGGGCUUGUUGGAUUUGGAGUAUUCUUUCUCCUUUUUGGAGUGAUGCUGUACAUGGACUCAGUGCUUUUGGCCUUUGGAAAUAUCCUGUUCCUGUCUGGCCUGGCCAUUAUCAUUGGACUAAGAAGAAGCUUUACUUUCUUCUUCCAGAAGCAGAAGCUUAAAGGAACCAGUUUCUUUCUGGGAGGCAUAGUUAUCGUCCUGCUGAAAUGGCCUCUCCUGGGCAUGCUGUUGGAGGCCUAUGGCUUCAUUAAUCUCUUCAGGAAUUUUUUCCCAAUUGCCUUUGGAUUUCUGGGAUCCUUUGUGAAUAUACCAUUUUUGAGCAAGGUAAUGAAAACUUUGGGGAAUCAUGCUAACCUUUGGGAAAAGGAGGUCUCUAGCUGGGGGGCUUAGCAAAAGAAGCAAGCAACUAUAGUUACUGAGUAAAGGUAUAUGGUAAGCUAGUCAGACAUUCCAACUGUUGCAAACCAAUAGACUUUCUAAAUUACAUUUUUCCUUGCUCUAGAUAAUAGUGCACGUAUUCCUGAUGUGAAAACCUAGUUCUAUUGACUGGUCUUGAAAGUGCUUAACAUGUUUGUUCCCUUAACCAAAGUCUCCUCUCAGUUUAGAUGUGUCACUUUCCAGGUAGUGAUAGUGUUGGGCAAGAUUAGGAAACUGUAGCAUUACAGCUUUGAACUUCUCUAAUUGAUGUAGAGCCAGGCUAUCCCAAGCAAAAUUUCUUCACCAAACAAAUGGUGCUGUCCACUAGGCAUUUUUCAAACAGACUGGAGUUUUCUUCUUUCAAAAGCAAGUAGAUCAUCAGCCCAUUACAUCUCUGACCCUUACUGCAAAUUUUAUGAUACUUCUGAUUUUAUCACUUCCAUUUCCUUCAGGGCUUGGUAAUCUGCUGUCUUCCAGAACUUUUGGACUACAACUUCCAUAAUCUAUGACCACCAGACUUUCUGGGGCUUAUGCAAAUUGAAGCCCAAAACAUCUGAAGGACAUCAGGUUGCCUACCAUAUGGACGGACGGACACACACACACACACACACACACACACACACAUAUAGAGAGAAAGAAGAUAGAUUGAUAAGAAUGACUUUUUGUUGCAGCUGUUCCAAAAACUUGGAGACCCUGGUUCCAAUGUGUAGCCUGGAUGAAUGGUCUGUUACCAGAUGUGACUUGCCCUCUUUCAAGAAAAGGGACCCUUUUAUGAAUAGCCUGUUGUCUUCACAGUGAUGUAUAAUGUUCAUAUAUUUAAGUGUUUUCAUGUGACUGCUUGCAGUAAUACGUGAGGUUUGGCAGAUUCUUAUUCCAGUUAUUCCAGCAGGAAUUGUCUGGCAGAAAUGUUGAUGGUAAGAAUAGUUAUAAUUUUAUAAAGGUUAGGUGCCACAAGUACACUUCUAUAACUUGGUUAGAUAUGACUUGUUACUUUAACUUUGCUAUUUCCCUCUCUCUCACUCAGUAUGUAAUGCUGCCACCAGGAAUUUAACUCCAAUCAUAUUAAUUAACCUCUUCCUCAAUAUUGCGCCCAAGUUCUAAUAUGCCUUCGUUGGCCUGUGUGGUCCUGAGAAUGUGACACUGGUAUUCAAACAGCUUAUGACUCUGGACUAACAAUAAACAAAAUAAAACUUUAUUCGUACUACAAGCAUAUUGGCUUCAAGAUGUUUAGUAACUUAUUUCAUUUGUAAAUAAAAUAUUGUAUAUUAA